UCAACUAGCUGACGAUAUGCUACAUGGUUCAGCUCUCACUUUGCUUAAAGAAACGAUGCAUUUGCAUGAUUAUGUAUCUGUAAGAAGACACUGUGUUACAAGGGACCGUUCUGGGAAGCGGUCCGGUUUGUGUCGUCGUUGAAAAGCGUCGCGUGUUGAUCGUUUCCUCCAAAAACUGCAGCUCCUUCUCCACCUUGUGCUAAACUGCAGUAGCAAGAGAUGCUGUUGACUGUAUCAGAACAUUACCUUCUCAGUUGUCUUUUACUUCACGAUACGUCCAAAUGUAAGCACCAAGGAUGUCUGCCUGAGGAAAGAUAAUGGACAAUGGCAAACUGAAUCGUGUGUGUCGGCCCCAGCGGAUCAGUGAAUCGUCCAAGGUGUUCCACUGGGUGGAUCAAGCUGUGGAGGUUUUGCAGGGCCUCAACGAGCAGCGGCAGCACAGCCAGUUCUGUGAUGUGGUGCUGGUAGCUGACAACCAGCGGGUCCCUGCUCACCGAGCCCUGCUGGCUGUCUCCAGCCCAUACUUUCACGCCAUGUUCACCUUGGGCAUGAAGGAGGAACGCCAGAAGGAGGUGAAACUGGUUGGGAUGUCCAUCAUUGGUCUGAACGCUGUAGUGGACUUCCUGUACAGCGGAGAGCUGCCAUUGGAUGGAGGAAACAUUGACUCUGUGCUGGAAGCUGCCCAUCUUCUGCAGGUGUGGCGAGUGGUGGAUUUCUGCUGCCAGUACCUGGAGAGGGAGAUGAGUGAGGACAACUACCUGUACCUGCAGGAGCUGGCUCUGCUCUACAGUCUGGAGCGACUCGACACCUUCAUCGACCACUUCAUCCUCGCACGCUUUGCUACGCUCUCUUUCAAGCCCGAUUUCCUUCAUAACAUUCCUUUACACAAACUCACAUCCUACCUCUCCAGUGGCCAGGUUCAGCAUGACAGCGAGCAGGCACUUCUCCAGACCGCCCUGCAGUGGCUCAGCAAGAAUCCUGAGCGGACCGCCCACGCCAGACAGCUCCUCUCCCAAAUCCGCUUUCCUCUGAUGCCAGUGGGGGACCUUGUGGAGCGAGUUCUGCCGGCGGUGCGGGCCCUGCUGACGGAGGAGGCAGGCUGCGAGGCUCUUGUGGAGGAAGCUCUGGGUUACUACGCCAGGCCCAGCGCCCAGCCGCUCCUGCAAACAGGACGCACCACUCUGAGGGGAGGGGCAGAGCGGCUACUGCUGAUUGGAGGAGAGGUGUCGGAACGUGGAGAGGAGCUGACCGCCAAUGUUUGCCAGCUGGAUGGUGAAACGGGAAGGUGGGAGGUGGAAACUGAGCUGCCGGCGCAGCGCAGCCACCACUGCCUGGCAGUACUGGGGGGCUUCAUCUUCACUGCUGGCGGCAGCUCAUCCAGGGACAACGGUGGAGACGCUGCCUGUAACCUGCUGUACAGAUAUGACCCUCGCCACAACCAGUGGACCAGGGGUGCUCCAAUGAAUGAGCGGCGAGUUGACUUCUACCUGGGGGCGGUGGGAGAGUCCCUGAUUGCUGUAGCUGGGAGGAAUGACUCCGGUGCUUUGUCCUCUGUGGAGAUGUACUGUCCUGCUGAGGACUGCUGGUCCUACGUGGCAGGACUGCCCAGGCUUACUUAUGGCCAUGCUGGGACUGUCCACCGGGGUGUCGUCUACAUCUCAGGUGGUCAUGACUUUCAGAUCGGCCCAUACCGCCGAGAUGUCCUGAGUUAUGAUCCAUCCCGGGACAGUGAAGUGUGGGUGGAACGCCAGGCCAUGUGUCUGGCCCGGGGCUGGCACUGCAUGGCCUCCCUCAACCACCUCAUCUACGCCAUCGGGGGCAGCGAUGACCACGCAGACACCACAGAGCGCUUCGACAUCCUGCAGGUGGAAUCUUAUGACCCACGCAGCGGCCAGUGGACCCGUGUCACACAGCUGCUGCUGCCAAACAGCGAGGCGGGACUUUCAGUCUGGGCAGGGAGGAUCUACGUGCUUGGGGGCUACAGCUGGGAGAGUAUGGCGUUCUCCAGAGCCACUCAGGUGUAUGACCCUGAAAAGGACUCAUGGUCCAGAGGUCCUGACCUGCCAAAGUGCAUCGCAGGAGCUUCAGCAUGUGUGUGCACUGUGAAGCCCUCACCAUCAUCAACCUCUCCGGAGAAGAAGAUGGGACACCGGAUAAAAGGAAGAUUACACCCCACAUAACAGUGAUGAAGGACUUUCUCCUUGACCAAAAAUACAAGUCCUGACAGAGCCUUGUGCACAAACAUCUGUAAUAGAAGAUAUAUAUUUUGUUAUGCUCCCUGUAUGGGUAUAAGAAUAAUAUUAUCACACGCACUGCACAAGGAAGAGAAGUGGCAAUAAUGGUAACCACAUCUUUUUUACUAACAAACACCCAACACUCAUCACAAGACCUGAGUAACACACUGUAUGCCUGAGCGUCAACACUGGAUUGACAGUUCCUCAGAUGGAGGUCAGAUAUUGGGUCAGGUGACCAACCUGACCAACCAGGUAGUCCCUCAUAACCCUCAUUCCAGCUCCAAUGUCUGCUUUGUCUAAAAGAGACUUGUAUAAGUAUUUGGACAGAUUUAAUGAACUCUGUUAGACACCAACAUUCUCAAAUAGUUUCAUGCUUUUAUAAGGUCCAUACAGAAAUGCCUACCUAAGAUAUAUAUAUAUACAUAUAUACGUAUACAGAGGGUCUGUAAUGAAAUGAUGAUGUGUUUGUAAAAUGAAGUGAAUUAUUGAUUGGACUGCACAUUUGUAUGUCAAAUUGUCUUCAAUUUUCUAAAUAUUCUGUAAUCACAAAGUAGUUUUACAUUCAUUGCAAUCACAUUUGGAAGAGGAAUCGUCAUCUUCACCACCACCAACAUCAUCAUGUAAACAAGGCACUGCUGAAUUCCAGUGUGUGAAGCUGUAGGUCGAGCUUGUAGCUGCUCUGGGACUUGAUGUUUAUGGUAUUAACAGAUCCAGUGUGUCUUCUCUCUGUGCUCCUGACAGCCUCAUACAAAGGGGUAGUACGGGUGAGACUUGACUCUGAGAAACAGAAGAACAAUCAUCAGUAUGAAAGGAGCUGCACCUUGCAGAAGACUAUUGCUGUGUUGACUUACUCUUCAAGUAUGCAGGCCUUCCACCCUCUGUCUAGUCCUCGUAGUGCUCUCAUGUCUUCUUCAGCCAGACUGAAGUCAAAGAUCUGCACAACAGUGAUGAUGCGUGUACAAUUACACCCCUUCAAGAAGUCUGUGCACCACUUUGGUUCAAACUGAAUUAUCUUGACAACUAUUGUAUGGAUUGCCUUGAUAUUGUCUACAGACAUUCAUGGUCCCGAGAGGGUGAAUCCCUGAAACAUUUGUGCUUAUGAGUGAAAUGCCUCGACAACUAUUGGAUGGAUUUCCAUGAAGUGUGUUAAUGUCCUACCGGAUGACUUGUAAUAACAUGAGCCCUUAACUUCUCAUCAAGUACAUUGUUGCAGUACUGUCUGACUACACUGUCAGAUAUGCCCAGGUUUAUAUAAAGUACUUUGGUUGCUGCAAA